CUGGGGGUCCCCGGGACUCAGCCCUCCGGGAGGACCCGGCCCCCUCUGCUCACAAGACCCUGGCCCCGAAGCUCGGGCAGGAGGCAGCUGUGGCCGCCCUGGCUGGACACCCACCCGCUCCUGACCUUCGACCUCUCGGUCCCACGACUGCCAGACGGAAGUCUAAGCCACGGGCCUGCCCAGCGCCCGGCGCCCCUUGGACCUGCCAGACCUUGCUCCUGGGAGCAGGCGGCUGUGCUGGGCCUGGGCGUCCCUCGCGCCAUCCCCUGCCUGUCGCCGACCCCUGUCCUUUCGUCUGCCCGCUCCAGGCGUCCAAGCCAGAGCUCCUGAGUUGUCAGGGUCCCUCAGAGCGUCCCUGGCACAAAGGGGAGUAAGGCUCCGGGAGAGGGCCACGCAGCCCAGCGUCCGCCCCGUGCGGACAGCUGCCGUCAGCCACCCCGUGCCCUGCUGGUGAGCAGAUGGCCUGUCUGGCCGGCGGAGGGGAUGGGCCUGUGUGGCCCUGGCGGCGGGGCCCGGCCGGUGGGUCCAGAAAGGAGCCCGAAGACAUUCAGAACCUUUUAUGGUCACAGACCAGCAAUUUACCGCCAAGGGAGCCCACAGGGAGAUGUGCCGGGGAGGCGGCCCGAGCCUGGGAGGGCAGCCGCUGCCUGGGGCCCCGUGGGGCCACCGGUCUGCAUGGACCUGCAGGUAGAAAAUCCGGGAAAUCCAUCCCCGAAGCUGCUGGGCCGGGGAGUGGACUUCGCCAGGCCCAGAGCCCGCAGACAACCGGGGAUGGACUCAGAAACUGGUUCCAUUCACAAAAACACCAAAAAAAAGGAACACAGGCCUUGCACCCCAGGGCUUUGCGGCGCAGCAGGAGACUCCUGGGCACACAGUGGCCCCACCCUGACCGCUGACUGCAGGCGGGAGGACCUGGAUGUCGGUGGCUGGAGCCCUGGAGGGUCAGACCCCAGGUCCAGGACCAUGGCCCUGCCGCGUGCUGUCCUGCUGGCCGGGCUCCUGGCGGAAGUUGCCAGCAAGGCCUCAGAGCGUGCGGGCCCGCAGCCCCAGUGCUGUGUGGAUGGGGCGGACACCAAUGCCACCUGCCCGGGCGCAGGCCUGUGCGGCCCAGGCUGCUACAGGCUCCAGAAUGAGGACGGCACCACCAGCUGCGUCCGCUGCGGGAAUGGCACCUUCCCGGCCCCCCGCAAUGCCUCUGAGUGCAGACACCACGGCCCCCGGGUGGCAGCCUCCCUCUUCCUGGGGACCUUCUUCGUCAGUUCGGGGCUCAUUCUCUCUGUGGCCGGCUUCUUCUACCUCAAGCGAGCCAGCAGGCUCCCCACGGUCUUCUAUGGCAAGAGCAAAGCCACCGCCCUGCAGCCUGCAGAAGCCGCCGCCAUGAUCCCCCCACCCCAGUCCUCAGUGCGGAAGCCGCGAUACGUGAGGCGGGAGCGGCCUUCGGAGGGGCCCGGGGGUCCCGCCAGCCCCUCCCCGGCGGGGACCCGGGUCAGCCAUGUCUGACACAGCCGCAGCUCUGCAUCCUGCCCCGAGGCCCACAGCCCUGCGGGUACUGCGGGCGAGUCGGGCCAGCCCUGGACACGCCGCCAGCGUGGCUGCGGUGCCCUAGCCUGGGCCUGCCUUGGGGACAGAGGGGCCCAUCGAGAACCGCUGGCGCCCUCCGGAGCACGCGUGUGGCACCCCUCAGGGGAGGCAUUUGGCAUCUCUGCUGGCGGCUUCACGUGGCAGCCAGGCCGAGGUGCCCGCAGCGCUGACCUGCUGUGACCGGGACCCAAGCCCACGACUCCUGUGUCCGGGACUGUGGCGCGUGUCCACUUCCUGCCCCCUCAACUGUUUUCAGCGGAAAUACAUUUUACAGAAAAGUCGAGAAGCAGCUGCUGUCCUCACUGCACCCUGCUCCACCUGCGGGCCAUUUUCUCCAGGGACAGCCGGUCUGAGGCUGCUGGGUCAAGGCCAGUCUCAGGCGAUGCAACCAGUCCGGGGGGCACGGCACCCCCACUGGGGGCUCCAUUCUCACAGUAAAGGGCGUUUCUCCCUGAGCUUCCUGCUGGG